GUCGUGCUCAGCCUAUGAGGAUUCCACCAUCUGAAGGGGUGCUUACCUAAGCCCAGAACUUGAGGAUUUUAUGUAUGAUUGAGUUGGUCAGGUUGAUACUGAUUGGAGAUACUGUCCUCACUGGACCUGCCCAGAAAGACUGUACAGAAGGGUUCCUCCUUCAACUGAGUUCUCUGGGAAGCACAUGAGAUUUCAUUUGACUGGUUUAUACCUAUAAUAAGUUCCCCAAACCUGAGAUCUCCCAGCUCUGACCCUGCAAGGCUCUCGACACACCGCUACUGGCAUCACAGUUUAUUGAAAAAGGGAUUCAAAAAAGUUUCAGAGGACCAGAGAAAGAAUGCUCCGAGGCCGAUCUCUAUCUGUGACAUCCCUGAGCGGGCUUCCUCGGUGGGAAGUGGAAGAACUUCCUGUGGAGGAUUUACUGCUGUUUGAAGUCGCUUGGGAAGUAACCAAUAAAGUUGGUGGCAUCUAUACUGUGAUUCAGACGAAGGCCAAAACCACAGCAGAUGAAUGGGGAGACAAUUAUUUUCUGAUUGGCCCCUAUUUUGAGCAUAAUAUGAAGACUCAGGUGGAACGGUGUGAACCUAUAAAUGAUCCUAUCAGAAGAGCAGUGGAUACAAUGAAUAAACAUGGCUGCCAGGUGUACUUUGGAAGGUGGCUGAUAGAAGGGAGUCCUUACGUGGUGCUAUUUGACAUAGGCUCUUCGGCUUGGAACCUGGACAGGUGGAAGGGAGAUCUCUGGGAAGCAUGCAGUGUCGGCAUCCCUUAUCAUGACCGAGAAGCCAACGAUAUGCUAAUAUUCGGAUCUUUAACCGCCUGGUUCUUAAAAGAGGUGACGGAUCAUGCAGAUGGGAAACAUGUCAUUGCCCAAUUCCACGAAUGGCAGGCAGGAACUGGACUGAUCCUUUCUCGAGCUCGGAAGCUUCCUAUCGCUACAAUAUUUACCACUCAUGCCACACUGCUUGGCAGGUAUCUCUGUGCAGCAAACAUUGAUUUCUACAACCAUCUUGAUAAGUUUGACAUAGACAAAGAGGCUGGGGAAAGGCAGAUUUACCACCGGUAUUGCAUGGAGCGAGCCUCUGUCCAUUGUGCUCAUGUGUUCACCACAGUAUCUGAAAUAACAGCAAUAGAGGCAGAACAUAUGCUGAAGAGAAAGCCUGAUGUAGUUACUCCAAAUGGCUUGAGUGUUAAGAAAUUUUCAGCAGUACAUGAGUUUCAAAAUCUACAUGCCACGUACAAGGCCAGGAUCCAAGAUUUUGUUCGAGGUCAUUUCUAUGGUCAUCUGGACUUUGACCUUGAAAAGACUUUGUUCCUUUUCAUUGCUGGGAGAUACGAGUUUUCAAACAAAGGAGCUGACAUCUUCCUAGAAGCCUUAUCCAGGUUAAAUUUCCUGCUGAGGAUGCAUAAAAGUGACGUCACAGUGGUGGUGUUUUUCAUUAUGCCUGCCAAGACAAACAAUUUCAAUGUGGAAACCCUGAAAGGCCAGGCAGUGCGGAAACAACUAUGGGACAUUGCACAUUCUGUGAAGGAAAAAUUUGGAAAGAAACUCUAUGAUGCAUUAUUAAGAGGAGAAAUUCCUGACAUGAACAAUAUUUUGGAUCGAGAUGAUGUAACAGUUAUGAAAAGAGCCAUCUUUUCAACUCAGCGACAGUCUUUGCCUCCAGUGACCACUCACAACAUGAUUGAUGACUCCACUGAUCCCAUCCUCAGCACCAUUAGACGGAUCGGACUUUUCAACAACCGCACAGACAGAGUCAAGGUGAUUUUGCACCCAGAGUUCCUAUCCUCCACCAGCCCCUUAUUACCCAUGGAUUAUGAAGAGUUUGUUCGAGGUUGUCAUCUAGGAGUUUUUCCUUCAUACUAUGAACCAUGGGGUUAUACUCCAGCUGAAUGUACGGUGAUGGGUAUCCCCAGUGUGACAACAAACCUGUCCGGCUUUGGCUGUUUCAUGCAGGAGCACGUGGCUGAUCCUACUGCCUACGGCAUUUACAUUGUUGACAGGCGGUUCCAGUCUCCAGAUGAUUCCUGCAAUCAGCUGACUCAGUUUCUGUAUGGAUUUUGCAAACAGUCCCGCCGCCAGAGAAUUAUUCAGAGAAACCGAACUGAGAGGCUCUCCGAUCUUCUGGAUUGGAGAUACUUGGGCAGAUAUUAUCAACAUGCCAGGUACCUGACAUUAAGCAGAGCUUUUCCAGAUAAAUUCCAUAUGGAACCUACAUCACCACCAACGACAGAAGGAUUUAAAUAUCCCAGGCCUUCCUCAGUUCCACCUUCCCCUUCAGGGUCUCAGGUCUCUAGUCCUCAGAGCAGUGAUGUGGAAGAUGAAGAGGAUGAGCGCUACAACGAGGAAGAAGAGGCUGAAAGGGAUCGGUUAAAUAUCAAGUCGCCAUUGUCUCUGGGCCGUGUUCCUCGUGGGAAGAAAAAGCUGCAUGGUGAAUACAAGAACUGAAUUCCACGCUUGUAGAACAGAACUAAUGUAGUAAGAACAUAGUAAGAAUGAUUACUUAAAGACAUGAAAAUGCUACAGAUUUCAUUUUCUUCUUCUAACUAUUACAACAGGAUUUAUUCUCUGCCUCCAAAGGGGAGAAAAUUAAGUGAAUGGCAAUUUUGUAAUUUCUAAUAAAGUCCAAGUUAUUUUCCCCUACUCCUUUUUCCCCAGUAAAUUUAGGCACGAGGAAGAGUGUUCAUUAAAGGAGGAAGACUAGA